AUGUUGUAUCUGGCUGUCUUUCUUUUUUGUUUGGCGUUUAUAGCCGCAAUAGAUCCUUACGCAGUUUUAGGCAUCUCCCGUGACGCGGACGACAAAACCAUCAAAACUGCUUACAGACAGAUGUCAAAGCAGUAUCAUCCAGACAAAAAUCUGUCUCCAGAAGCACACGACAAAUUCAUUGAGAUAGGAGAGGCAUAUGAUAUCUUAAGUGAUCCACAGAAGAAACGAAAUUAUGAUCAGUUCGGCGAUCCCAAUGGAGCAGGUGGAUUUGGCGGUGCGGGCGGUGCUGGCGGUGCCGGUUUUGAUUUUGGUGAUAUGUUCAAUCAAUUCUUCCAAGGACAGGGUGGUUUCGGUGGCCAUGGUCAUCAGAGGAGGGUACAGAAGGGCCCUGAUACUCAAGUCAAUGUCAAUUUGCCCUUGAAAGAUGCCUUUUUGGGUAAAGAUUUAGAAUUUGAUGUCGAGAUGAACAACAUCUGCAGCAAGUGUAAAGGAAGUAGAUCUGCUGAUGGGAAGAAGCAUACUUGUUCGAAGUGUCAAGGGUCUGGUGUUGUCAUGAUGAGGAGACAAAUGGGCCCAAUCAUUCAGCAAUUUCAAUCUCAGUGUGAUCAGUGUGGCGGAAAAGGACAGACAAUAGCAAAGCCGUGCACCAAAUGCCAAGGUCAAGGUACGGAACGUGUAGCCAGGCACUACAAUAUUUAUGUAAGCCCUGGCACUCCGCGUAAUCAUCGCCACGUUUUGGAAGGUGAGGGUGAUCAAAGCCCUGACUUUGUUCCUGGAAAUAUGAAUAUCCAGUUUAAGGAUACACACACCGAGAACUGGGGUUUCCGUCGCAUAAAAGACCAUCUUUACAGGACAGAGCUUCUUACCAGUAAAGAAGCUAUUUCGGGUGGUUGGAGUCGCGAAAUCCCAUUUUUCGAUGGAGAGUCGGUAACAAUCAAGCGGAACAAGAAUGUGCAAGUCAUUGAUGGAGAGGUUGAGGUCAUCAAAGGGCAUGGAAUGCCGCUAUUCAACGAUGACCACGAGUAUGGUGAUUUAUUUAUUGAGUUUCGUGUGAUUCCCCUGGCGAAGCAUCACAGUAAAGAUGAGUUGUAA